GUUUGUUCAGAAGUACCGCUACGCGAAAGGAGAUUGCAGAUGUGUCGUGUUUCUCCCUUCAACAAACCUAUCGCGCAACCUUGACGUGCAUGGGACAAGAGACGUUUGAGAAGGUUUUCAGCAACGGAGAUGAAGCUUUCAGUGAUGGAUGUUAAACCCUAGAUAGUCCUCAGAGCACUAUCUAUACCCUCUUCCUCCUCUUCCUGCUCAUCCUCCUCUUCCUGCUCAUCACCAUGGACUCCCCUUCUAAGAAGUCCGGUGUGUUGUCCCACCUGCGGCAGCGCGCCGGGCCCCUCCUCUCUACCAUCCGGCGGCGCAGGAAGAACCCCAGUAAGACUGAGAUGUUUCCAGAACAUGUCUUAAACCACAGGAUGAGUUCCUCUGUCCCAGACAUCACCCCCACCUCCUCCCUGGCCCAGCAGGACUACCAGACUUACAGCAGCCCCAACACUCCCGCCAUGAAGACUGUUGGAGACAGAAGACAGGGAGGAGGUGCUAACUCCCACACUGUUAACACGGCUGGGAGUGCUGGGAGCGACGCUGCUCCGAACAGACUGAGUGUUCCGGUGGACCAGGCUGACUGGACGUCCCAGGAGUCAGUGUGUAGUGGACCCAGUGCUACUUCUUAUGAGGAGGAGGACCUACCAGAGGAGAGCCAUGCGCAGAGAGCUGCCUCUGCUGGAGAGGGGUCAGGGACAGGGGCCUUGGAGCUGCAGGACAACACGGGACACUGUAGUGAACACACUCCCACUGGCCUGCACAGCAGAGAGAUCCCCUCAGUGGAGAUAUCAGAGGACAUGACGCAGCAGAACGGUGACAGCCAUGACCUUGAGACCCAAACAUCACAAGACAUGGAGAACAACAGUUUUGAGAUGGGUAGUCCUACUGAGAUGCUGAGUGUAUCCGACAGCACCAGAGAGUCCCAGAGGUCCUACCUCCUCUCUAUCAACCUGAAGGAAGGACGCAACCUGGUCAUCAGAGACCGCUGUGGUACGAGUGAUCCUUACGUGAAGUUUAAACUGGAUGGGAAGACACUAUACAAGAGCCGAGUGGUUUAUAAGAACCUCAACCCAACGUGGAACGAGUCCUUCUCUUUCCCUGUCAGAGACCUGGACCAGAGACUGUAUAUUAAGGUGUAUGACCGGGAUCUGACCAUGGAUGACUUCAUGGGAUCCAGCUACGUUCUCCUCAGUGAUCUGGAGAUGGACAAGGUGUGUGAGCUGUCCGUGCGUCUGGACGACCCCAACAGUCUGGAGGAGGACAUGGGAGUCAUCAUGCUGGACAUGUCUCUCUCUCUCAGGGAUAGAGACAACGAGAGGAACUCUAGGUGGCCUAAGAGGAAGAGGAGUAUCAGGUCUCCGCUGGCCCAGAGUGGUCGUCUAUCAGAGUCUCUGAGGAAGUGUCAGCUGUGGUCAGGUGUAGUGGGGGUGACCCUGGUGGAGGGACAGGACCUGCCAGAGGACGGACCUGGAGAGCUGUUUGUACGAUUCAGACUGGGGGAGCAGAGAUACAAGAGCAGGAACCAGCCCAAGAAGGCCAACCCACAGUGGAGGGAGAGGUUUGACUUCAACCGGUUCCCGGAGGGUCCUGGGGUCCUGGAGAUAGAGGUCUGGAACAAAGAGGGACGCAAAUAUGAGGAGUGUUACGGCAUGUGUGAGGUGGACCUGUCCAGUGUUCUACCCAACCAGUCUCAGCUGUUCACGCGGGUUCUGAAAGAGGGAAAAGGUCGGGUGGUCUUCCUGAUCACUCUGAGCAUGUGUAGUGGCGUCUCCAUCUCUGACAUGUGUGCCCCGCCCCUCGAGGAGCCUCAGGAGAGAGAGAACCUUCUGGAGAAAUACAGUUUCAAAAGUUCCUUCAGGAACCUCCGGGAUGUUGGUUUCCUUCAAGUCAAGAUUAUCAAGGCUACUGAUCUGUUGGCAGCUGAUUUAAAUGGGAAGAGUGACCCGUUCUGUGUGUUGGAGUUGGGGAACGACAGACUGCAGACUCACACCAUCUAUAAAACCCUCAACCCCAACUGGAACAAAGUCUUCACCAUCCCAGUAAAAGACAUCCAUGAUAUUCUGGAGCUGACCAUCUUUGAUGAGGAUGGAGACAAAGCACCUGACUUCCUGGGCAAAGUGGCCAUUCCUCUGCUUUCCAUCCACAACGGUCAAGCGAUCUGUUGUCCCCUGAAGAAAGAGGAUCUGGGGGGUCUGUCUAAAGGAAGCAUCUCCCUGGAGCUGGAGCUCAUCUUCAACCCAGUCAGAGCAGCUUUCAGAACAUUUAAACCAAAGGAGAAGAAAUUCUUGGAAGACAAUCCAAAGUUUUCUAAAAAGAUCUUGGCGCGUAACGUGCUCCGCGUGCGUAACCUAUACAGAGCAGUGCAGUCCACAUUCCAGUACAUCAAGAGCUGCUUCCAGUGGGAGAGUUUCCAGAGGAGUCUCAUAGCCUUCCUGAUAUUCCUGCUGGCGGUGUGGCAUUGGGAGUUCUACAUGUUGCCUCUCUGUCUGGUUCUGCUCAUAACAUGGAACUAUCUUCAGAUUGCAUCUGGACGGGCCAACCAGGACCUGGAGAAUAUGGACUUGGGCGAUGAAGACGAUGAAGAUGAAAAGGAAUCCGAGAAGAGAGGUUUGAUGGAAAAAAUUCAUAUGGUUCAAGAGACUGUCAUCACUGUCCAAAACCUGUUGGAGGAAAUCGCAUGCUUCGGGGAGAGAAUUAAGAACACCUUUAACUGGUCAGUACCGUUCCUCUCCAACUUAGCCUUCCUGAUGCUGGUGACAGUAACAGUUCUGACAUACUUCAUCCCUGUACGAUAUAUCCUUCUAGUAUGGGGAAUUAAUAAAUUCACCAAGAAAUUACGGGCUCCGUACGCCAUCGACAACAAUGAGGUGUUUGAUUUCCUGAGGAGAGUUCCUUCAGAUGUCCAAAAGGUGCAGUACAGUGAGCUGAAGACUUGGAGCGCCCAGAGUCCUCUGAGGAGGAAGAGAACCAUCGAGAGGAGGUGAUGGAGGAGUGAUCUAUGGUCCCCAAUGGAAGACAUGGCCAUGCACACUGUGGCCGCCUCAGACUGUUGUGCCCUGUGUGAAACUGGGCGUAUAGUGGAGGAUAUGCAGGCCAUAUCUGGAUCAUAUUCCUCUAUGUUCAGAAUUGGUUAGAAAACUGCUCCUGAGUUACUGGUCCUCUGUAGCUCAGUUUGUAGAACAUGGCAUUUGCUGUGCCAGGAUAGUGGGUAUAAUUCCUGAGAUCACCCAUAUGUAUAAAACGUAUACACGCAUAAAUAAGUCUCUUUGGGAUAAAAGCUUCUGCUACAUGGCGUCUAUACUGAACAAAAUGGCAAAGCAGCAUGCAACGAUUUCAAAGAUUUUACUGACUUACAGUUCAUAGAAGAAAAUCAGUCAAUUUAAAUGAAUUCUUUCAGUCCAAAUCAAUGGAUUUCACAUGACGGGGCAGGAAUACAGAGGGAUUAUCUUGGCAACUCACUAAUAGAGGGAUGUAAAAGCUUCUUGUGCGUAUGGAACAUUUUCUGGGAUCUUUUAUUUCAGCUCAUGAAACAUGGGACCAAUACUUUACAUGUUGUGUUUGUAUUCAGUGUAUAUUAGCAGUCAGACACGGAUAUUGUAAAACCAGCAGGAUAAAGAUCACCAGCAUGGUUUCCAUCUACUCUACAUCAAGACGGCCUCAACACUUUUUAUAAUAUUGUUACCUUAUCUUUGUUUAUUCUAAGAUACUUUUUCAAUCAAAAACAGUUUUAUCCUGAUUUGUUCUUCUCCACUUUUCUGACUUUUCUGACUAAAAUGUAUUUCUGUUUAAAGUAUCAACAAUUGUAGUUGUUAAAGUUUCAGAAUAUGAUCUUUUUAUAUUGUUAAGAGAGAGAUAUGAAUGAAUCAAAAGCUGCUUUAGCCCGUCAAUAGUAAUCUAAUGUCAUUCUUAUUCUACCGUUCUUUCUGGUGUAAAUCCAGAUCAGGUUGAAAUGUGUUUUUACAGAUAAUGAAAUAAUGUCAUUUCAAUAUUUCUGGAUUUUACUUUCUUUAUAGAAUGCACCAUAUUGAGAUGUUACUUGGUCCUCAGUGUACAACCCCCCCCCCCCCCCCUUAUAUCUAAAAUCAGCAGUAUCAUGUAAACAUUCAAUACCUCAACAUUUCUCCUAUCCUCAUCAUAUACAGUAUCAUGUAAACAUUCAAGACCCUCAACAUUUCUCCUAUCCUCAUUCCCAUCCUAUACAGUAUCAUGUAAACAUUCAAGACCCUCAACAUUUCUCCUAUCCUCAUUAUAUACAGUAUCAUGUAAACAUUCAAGACCCUCAACAUUUCUCCUAUCCUCAUUCCCAUCCUAUACAGUAUCAUGUAAACAUUCAAGACCCUCAACAUUUCUCCUAUCCUCAUUCCCAUCCUAUACAGUAUCAUGUAAACAUUCAAGACCCUCAACAUUUCUCCUAUCCUCAUUCCCAUCCUAUACAGUAUCAUGUAAACAUUCAAGACCCUCAACAUUUCUCCUAUCCUCAUUCCCAUUAUAUACAGUAUCAUGUAAACAUUCAAGACCCUCAACAUUUCUCCCAACCUCAUUCCCAUCCUAUACAGUAUCAUGUAAACAUUCAAGACCCUCAACAUUUCUCCCAACCUCAUUCCCAUCCUAUACAGUAUCAUGUAAACAUUCAAGACCCUCAACAUUUCUCCUAUCCUCAUUAUAUACAGUAUCAUGUAAACAUUCAAGACCCUCAACAUUUCUCCUAUCCUCAUUCCCAUCAUAUACAGUAUCAUGUAAACAUUCAAGACCCUCAACAUUUCUCCUAUCCUCAUUCCCAUCCUAUACAGUAUCAUGUAAACAUUCAAGACCCUCAACAUUUCUCCCAACCUCAUUCCCAUCCUAUACAGUAUCAUGUAAACAUUCAAGACCCUCAACAUUUCUCCCAACCUCAUUCCCAUCCUAUACAGUAUCAUGUAAACAUUCAAGACCCUCAACAUUUCUCCCAACCUCAUUCCCAUCCUAUACAGUAUCAUGUAAACAUUCAAGACCCUCAACAUUUCUCCUAUCCUCAUUCCCAUUAUAUACAGUAUCAUGUAAACAUUCAAGACCCUCAACAUUUCUCCCAACCUCAUUCCCAUCCUAUACAGUAUCAUGUAAACAUUCAAGACCCUCAACAUUUCUCCUAUCCUCAUUAUAUACAGUAUCAUGUAAACAUUCAAGACCCUCAACAUUUCUCCUAUCCUCAUUCCCAUCCUAUACAGUAUCAUGUAAACAUUCAAGACCCUCAACAUUUCUCCCAACCUCAUUCCCAUCCUAUACAGUAUCAUGUAAACAUUCAAGACCCUCAACAUUUCUCCCAACCUCAUUCCCAUCCUAUACAGUAUCAUGUAAACAUUCAAGACCCUCAACAUUUCUCCUAUCCUCAUUAUAUACAGUAUCAUGUAAACAUUCAAGACCCUCAACAUUUCUCCCAACCUCAUUCCCAUCAUAUACAGUAUCAUGUAAACAUUCAAGACCCUCAACAUUUCUCCCAACCUCAUUCCCAUCCUAUACAGUAUCAUGUAAACAUUCAAGACCCUCAACAUUUCUCCCAACCUCAUUCCCAUCAUAUACAGUAUAGAGGGUAAAAAGCUUUAACACUAUAUGUAUUAUUUGAUGUACUACAUGUUAUACAAUGUCUAACCUUCACACUGAAUGUGUAAUAUUGUGUGUCUUGGCUGUCUGACUGAAAUGUUUCUGCCCUCUACAUUCCUGAUGGUCCUGAAUAUGCUCAUGUUGCUGAACGCUAUGGGACCAAUAUGUCCAUAUUUAAACACCUGAUGUCGUGUAUUGGUGUCAUUUCUGAAUGAGGACCACAGAUGAAGAGUUUCUCUCUCCAUACAAUAAACACAGCAUGAUUUAAAUCAA